AGGAGAGCAGCCGCACUUUUCUCCAGAGCGCAGCGGCCGGACAUAGGCGCCGGUCGCUGAGAGUGUUGAAAGGGGGCGGAGAUACUCGGGCAAGCAAGCAGACAGUCAGACCGGCCCAUCUGGCCAUCGGCCCUUCUGGCAUUUGCCAGAAGUGCCAGAUGGCCAGUCCGGCCCUGCAGGCAAUGACACUUUAAUUUAAUAAAUGUCACGAGAGCCAUUCACAAGGAGGAUUUACCAGCAAAUCUGAAUCAGUCCCAGAAUAUGGAAAUACUGCAUAAACGAACCUACCUGCAUCCAAGUUUAUCAAGAAAAGAUUCUCCGUCCCAGUUCUGGAGAAAAUGGUUGAUGCAUAUACCACAACUUCUCUCCCAUCUCCUUUCCCCCGAAAUGCAACCAAUCAGGACAGCUACUGUGUCUUCAAUGAGGAAUUUAAGUUUUUGUUGCUGCCAGUGUCCUACAGUGCAGUCUUUGUGCUGGGGCUGCCAUUAAAUCUCACAGCCAUGUGGAUUUUUUUUGCAAAAAUGCGCCCAUGGAGCUCAACUACAGUAUAUAUGUUCAACCUUGCCUUAUCUGACACUUUGUAUCUGCUAUCACUGCCCACUCUCAUCUACUACUAUGCGGAUCGCAACAACUGGCCAUUUGGAGUGGCACUGUGCAAGAUAAUGCGCUUCCUCUUUUACACAAACCUCUACUGCAGUAUCCUAUUCCUCACCGGUAUUAGUGUCCAUCGUUACAUGGGUGUUUGCCACCCUCUUCUCUCUCUGCAGAGAAUGAAGUCUAAAUAUGCCCAUAUGUUUUGUGGUGUGGUAUGGCUAUUAGUUAGUAUUUGUCUCGUUCCUAAUCUUAAAUUUGUUACUGUUAGCCCCAGGGGCAAUGACACUCUGUGCUAUGACACAACUCAGCCUGAGGAGUUUGAGGAAUAUGUGAAGUAUAGUACAUCUGCUAUGAUCCUUCUAUUUGGAAUACCCUUUCUGGUGAUUGCAGGCUGCUAUGGGCUUAUGACUAGGGAACUGAUGAAGCCAUUGGUCAAUGGGUCCCAACAGACUCUUCCAUCCUACAAGAAGAAAUCCAUCAGAACGAUUGCUGUGGUGCUGACAGUAUUUAUUAUUUGUUUCUGUCCAUUCCACAUUACGCGCACAAUCUAUUAUUAUGCUAGACUCCUAAAAGCAGAUUGCCAACUGCUCAAUGUGGUAAAUUUGACCUACAAGAUAACACGUCCACUGGCUAGUGCCAAUAGCUGCUUUGACCCUGUGUUGUAUUUCCUAGCUAGUGAAAACUACCAAAGGAGGCUUGUCACAGCAAUAUCAAGUGCAUGCUGGAGACGUCACCCUGUUAGCAGUUCUGGGCUUGAGCCACACAGAAGAAGGAGCAAUGUGGCAGUGAUUUCUGCUGAGGACGUACAAACAAAUGGUAGCCUGGGUAAUCUCUUAGAAGUUAGAGAGGAAGGAAGACAUAAAAGUGAUAUGGAACCAGAAAGAAAUGCAGACUGGGACAGUAAUGAUCCAACACUGAUAGAUAACAUUGCUAGUUCUAUGAAAAAUAAAAAGAAGAUGAAGAGCAAAGACGUUGCAUGGGAGGAAGACAUUAGGCUGGGUAAUGGAGAAGAAAAUGAAAUUGAACACAAGAAAAAUGUAGGUAAAAAUCAAGAGGGAAUACAUGUGAUAGAAUGCAGUAAUAUUGAUAACAAAAUUAACAGAAAAAAAAGUGAAAUAAAGUCAGACAGGAAGAUAGAAAAUGUCAGAGAAGAAAAUAGAGGCCGCUGGAGUUUGAAACAUGUGAGACAUGUUGGAGGGUCAAAUCACGGAACCCUGGAAGAGAAAUCAUGUGACGUGUAUAGCAGCUCCUCCUGGAAUCUACUGGAUUUUGUGAGCCAAGGUGAACAGUGCGUGUGGCCCAUAGAAGAUUCAGAGGGAGAGAAAAAUCUGCAGAGUCUACCCAAUAUGUAAGCUAACAGAAGUAAAACAGAUCAACUAACAUUCUCUAUUCUAAUGGAGAGGGCAGAUAUUUUACCCCUCUAUUAUCACUGCUUUGGACAUAACUGUAAGUCAAGUUGUAAGCUAUAGCAUGAACUGAAUGUAAGACUUGUAUAACAGAACUGUGUCCUGGAUUUACACAGAAAGCUCAUGAAAUGUUACACUGAUUCUAUAUUGAAGAGUUCUAUCAUUUUCUAUUCAAAAUGACAAAUUAAGGUAGAGUAGAAUUGCAAAUAAGGAAAUGUCCUAUGGUUUGUAUUUAAAUAAAUACAUUUUAUU